AUGGUUCAGCACCACAAGGUCCAAGCAACUGUUGAGGAUAAUUUUAUCACAACUUUUAUUCAUCAGUUAAAAGAAGAAGAUGUAUUCAUUAUUUCUGACUUCAAAGUGAUACCUAAUGGUGGAUUGGUCAGGGUUACAAGACAUCGGUUCUGCAUCCUUUUCAAGUGUAGUACCUCUGUUGUUGCAGCUGCAAGUAGAGUCAUACGUAAUCCUGGUUUAAGUCUAACUUCUAUGGACGAGAUUCUUCAAAAGCGCACUGAUUAUGAGUACUUAAUAGAUUUUGUUGGGGUCCUGUGCGGAUUGAAAAGGAAAACGGAUGUUGAGUGUAAUGGAAAGAUAUUGAAAGUUAUCAUCCUUGAAGGUUUUGCUGAUGGGAAGAAAAUCCCCUGCAAUCUUGUUGGUGACUGUUCUGCUCUUAUAGACAUCAAUAGUUUGAAAAGGUAUCAGAGACCACCCGUUUUUAUUCUGCAAUCUUUCAAGAUCAAAGUCAAUGGAGAUAAAGUCAGUCUCCAAAAUGUGAUCAAUAUUUCUCGGGUUUCAAUCAACCCUGAUAUGCAGAAAACUGUGAAUUUUCUGAAUCAGUUAGUUGGAUUCAAUUCUCCUUAA